AUGUGCGCAGGAACAGCUGCGCAGGAACAGCUGCGCAGGAACAGCUGCGCAGGAACAGCUGCGCAGGAACAGGUGCGCAGGAGCAGGUGCGCAAAAACAGGUGCGCAAAAACAGGUGCGCAGGAAUAGGUGCGCAGGAACAGGUGCGCAGGAACAGCUGCGCAGGAACAGCUGCGCAGGAACAGCUGCGCAGGAACAGCUGCGCAGGAACAGCUGCGCAGGAACAGCUGCGCAGGAACAGCUGCGCAGGAACAGCUGCGCAGGAACAGGUGCGCAGGAACAGCUGCGCAGGAACAGCUGCGCAGGAACAGCUGCGCAGGAACAGCUGCGCAGAAACAGCUGCGCAGAAACAGCUGCGCAGAAACAGCCGCGCAGAAACAGCCUCGCAGAAACAGCCGCGCAGAAACAGCCGCGCAGAAACAGCCGCGCAGCAACAGCCGCGCAGCAACAGCCGCGCAGGAACAGCCGCGCAGGAACAGCCGCGCAGGAACAGCCGCGCAGGAACAGCUGCGCAGGAACAGCUGCGCAGGAACAGCUGCGCAGAAACAGCUGCGCAGAAACAGCUGCGCAGGAACAGCUGCGCAGGAACAGCUGCGCAGGAUCAGCUGCGCAGAAACAGCUGCGCAGGAACAGCUGCGCAGGAACAGCUGCGCAGGAACAGCUGCGCAGAAACAGCUGCGCAGAAACAGCUGCGCAGAAACAGCUGCGCAGAAACAGCUGCGCAGGAACAGCUGCGCAGAAACAGCUGCGCAGAAACAGCUGCGCAGAAACAGCUGCGCAGGAACAGCUGCGCAGAAACAGCUGCGCAGAAACAGCUGCGCAGAAACAGCUGCGCAGAAACAGCUUCGCAGAAACAGCUGCGCAGAAACAGCUGCGCAGAAACAGCUGCGCAGAAACAGCUGCGCAGGAACAGCUGCGCAGAAACAGCUGCGCAGAAACAGCUGCGCAGAAACAGCUGCCCAGGAACAGCUGCGCAGAAACAGCUGCGCAGAAACAGCUGCGCAGGAACAGCUGCGCAGAAACGGCUGCGCAGAAACAGCUGCGCAGAAACAGCUGCGCAGAAACAGCUUCGCAGAAACAGCUGCGCAGGAACAGCUGCGCAGAAACAGCUGCGCAGAAGCAGCUGCGCAGAAACAGCUGCGGAGAAACAGCUGCGCAGAAACAGCUGCGCAGAAACAGCUGCGCAGAAACAGCUGCGCAGGAACAGCUGCGCAGAAACAGCUGCGCAGGAGCUGCUGCGCAGGAACAGCUGUGCAGGAGCAGCUGCGCAGGAACAGCUGCGCAGGAACAGCUGCGCAGGAACAGCUGCGCAGGAACAGCUGCGCAGGAACAGCUGCGCAGGAACAGCUGCGCAGGAACAGGUGCGCAGGAACAGGUGCGCAGGAACAGCUGCGCAGGAACAGCUGCGCAGGAACAGGUGCGCACGAACAGCUGCGCAGGAACAGGUGCGCAGGAACAGGUGCGCAGGAACAGGUGCGCAGGAACAGCUGCGCAGGAACAGGUGCGCAGGAACAGCUGCGCAGGAACAGCUGCGCAGGGACAGCUGCGCAGGAACAGGUGCGCAGGAACAGGUGCGCAGGAACAGCUGCGCAGUAACAGCUGCGCAGAAACAGCUGCGCAGAAACAGCCGCGCAGAAACAGCUGCGCAGAAACAGCUGCGCAGAAACAGCUGCGCAGAAACAGCUGCGCAGAAACAGCUGCGCAGAAACAGCUGCGCAGAAACAGCUGCGCAGAGACAGCUGCGCAGAGACAGCUGCGCAGAGACAGCUGCGCAGAGACAGCUGCGCAGAAACAGCUGCGCAGAAACAGCUGCGCAGAAACAGCUGCGCAGAAACAGCUGCGCAGAAACAGCUGCGCAGAAACAGCUGCGCAGAAACAGCUGCGCAGAAACAGCUGCGCAGAAACAGCGGCGCAGAAACACUCUAUAGCCUCCGGUUACAGGAGCGUACCUCCAUGUUCAAUGUUUUUUGGGCAGUUGAACAUCUGCGCGGAGACGGCUGCGCAGAAGCGGCUGCGCGGAAGCGGCUGCGCGGAAACGGCUGCGCGGAAACGGCUGCGCGGAAACGGCUGCGCGGAAACGGCUGCGCGGGAACGGCUGCGCGGGAACGGCUGCGCGGGAACAGGUGCGCGGGAACAGGUGCGCGGGAACAGGUGCGCGGGAACAGCUGCGCAGGAACAGCUGCGCAGGAACAGGUGCGCAGGAACAGGUGCGCAGGAACAGGUGCGCAGGAACAGGUGCGCAGGAACAGGUUCGCAGGAACAGGUGCGCAGGAACAGCUGCGCAGGAACAGCUGCGCAGGAACAGGUGCGCAGGAACAGCCGCGCAGGAACAGCCGCGCAGGAACAGCUGCACAGGAACAGCUGCGCAGGAACAGCUGCGCAGGAACAGCUGCGCAGGAACAGCUGCGCAGGAACAGCUGCGCAGGAACAGCUGCGCAGGAACAGCUGCGCAGAAACAGCGGCGCAGAAACAGCGGCGCAGAAACACUCUAUAG